AUGCUCGAUCUCGGAUCAUUACAGGGUGAAUUGCCAUCCUUCGAGCCUACAUUGGAACCAUCUGCCCCCCUUGACAAGGUUACACAGAUCUUACGUGCCCUGGCAAACGGCCUCUUUUCAGACUGGCAUGAAUUGAACCACAUCACCAAGAAUUACGACGAGUUGAUUCGAAAACGAUGGCGUAAUAAGACACGCGACCAGAAGAAGUCUGUCUUGCUGGAAGCGUGGGGGCGUGAUAUGAAUGAACGCCACAGGCCUGACUUGACUGAGUUUAUCAACGCUUCUGACGACGAGUCAUCAUACUCGCUGGAUGCUUACAAGUGGCCUUCCAUCAAUCUGGAAGACCUCUUGAAGCCUGGAGUCUUGCCGACUUUCAUCAACUCUCGUGGCGGUCAUCACCCUUAUGUCUUCUGCCAUGCCGAUCUCAGUGCGUGUGCACUUGGUAUCUCAGCAGGCAAGAUUCAGAUGAAUCAUGUGAAAGGAUGUAUCAUGCUUGUUGCCGACAGUGAUACUCCUGAGGAGUACGCCAAAGUGGUCCCCGAAAACACUACUACAAAAUCCGCUUUCAAAAAUUUGGUUGGAUCCUGGUUCGGCGUUGGAGAAGCCUUGCUCAUAUUGGAAGUACAACAACACAUCUGGCAAUUCUUACUAGCAUGUGUGAAGAUCAUCGUUCACGAUCUUGUUUUUGGGUCAGAUCAUGAUUCAAUACCUGGUCCCCAACCUCUGUCUUCGUCUUCGCACACAAAUGAACCUGCACUUGUGACAUUAGCGUCUUCCGUCAUAGAUGCACCGUACCAGAUCCCGGCGCAAUUUGACUUGUCUCGACUUGGAUCCCUCGUUUCUGCUAAACGCUCGGCCGUUGCUGACCAUAUCUGGUUACUGCGAGAAGACCCGAGUUACUUUGCGGAUUGCGUUAAUGAAUGGAAAGAGCAUCAGCCAGAGAUGCUUCUCGAUUCACAAGGGAAAAAACAUCCUAUACAUAAGGCCGGCUUAACAAAAGCUUUCUGGAACCGUGUCCUCAGAAAGAUGAUAACUGAUUGUUAUCUUUCACUUUCUCUCUGGGAUUCCACCUACAAAGAAGUGUGCGAAUUUGAUAAGCUGUCGCAGAAGUACCCGAUUUCGUCUCCUUCUGAGCCUCUACCCAACGAACUCGAAAUUGCUAUCAAGAAGAUACGCCACCUCUUAGAGCUGUCAGCGGCAAACUCGAUAGCUCUACUCAAGUCUCAUGUUCCCCCAUCGCCUCCUAUGCUCAGGUACUGGCAUCGAGAAGGCACAUCUACAGCAGAUCACCAUUCUUCAAAAUUCCGCAUGAUGCCCAACCCACGCACCGAUCGCGAUCCUGCCUUGGAUCGUCUCUUCUGGGUGUACACCACUCUGUGGGACGAUAAACAAUCCUUGAUUGGUCUUCAUACACUCGUGGGCGAACUUGACCGCUUGACGUAUGCCGACACUAAGGCAAAAGAACUUCAGUCCGGCUUGAUUGUUGACAACAUUGGUGAUCUCGGCGUAAUAUCUGAAUGCUUGCAUCAACUGUCCUUGUAUCUUCCCUGGUCGAGGACUAUCGAGCGGGAAUUGGCGCGCAAUAGACAGCAAGUUGUAGAGGAGUUUUACACAAAAUCUGCAGAGUGGGACAAUUUCAGAAAAAUGUCUUGGCAAGGUGUUGAUCUGGCAGAGUUGGGAUCAACAGGGGAUGGACGGUUCUCUUAUCCCAUCAGCAACCGUCGCACGAAAACGAAUGCCUCUGCGCUGCACAAAGCCGAGUUCCAUCUCGAUGCGUUCUGGUCAGAAGUGGACAAGCAUCUCGCUUCACAAUCCGUCACCCUGCCAGACAAGGUGAUGAGGUUGCUACUUUCUGGCAACAGAUCCCUACAACGAACCUCAGAGUGGGAAGAGCCCGAAGUUGCAAAGCCGAAGGGCAAGAUGAACGCGUUGUCAGCUUUGAGAGAACCACGGGACUCAAACGGUUUUGUGACAGUUGGACACGUGGACUCCGAACCUUCCGAGCCCCCCAAGAAAGCCACCCUCAUGGUGGACAAACGUGCGAAAAAGACCCUUUCCGCCUUGUUCUACGCACCAUCCUCGAAUGACAUACCAGGAGACACAACAUGGACUGACUUCGUUCACGUAUUUCAUUCAUUGGGCUUUGCGGUAGAAAAGCUUUUUGGCUCGGUCUGGCAUUUCGCUCCUCAGUCAGUCCUUGGAAACGGAGAGCAUAUUCAGUUUUAUGCACCGCACGCUGGAGAAAAGGUCCGCUAUCACGUUGCGAGACUAUUUGGACGGCGGUUGCAGAGAGCAUAUGGAUGGAGUGAAGACAUGUUCGUUGUUCGACAGUAG